AACCAAUACGCAAUAGGUCACCGAAACAGUGCCUAAACACGUAAACUGGUUGUUAAAACUGUUUAUAUCUUUAAAUAAGGUGUUCAUAGAGUCAACCGUUAGCCCACCGUGCUGCGUGGCGUCACGUGCUAGUGGGACGGGUCAGUCGAGACAUUUCGUUGUAAAUAAACAUAGCGGAAUAUAAUGUAACAGAUCGCAAGAUCGACGCCCUUUGCGCACACCCCUUUCCUGCCCGCAUUUCUUCUGCGGAUCGCUUUCAGAACUCAUCAAGAAUUAGCAAUGGAAGCUAAGUUAAAGAAGGAGUUGGGGACAUCCAUGUUAAAGUCUGCAGGACAGGCUUCCGGUGGAUGCAUCAGCGAGGGUCAGAGUUUUGAUACUGAUACUGGACGAGUGUUUGUAAAGAUAAACCAUAAGAGCCAGGCUAAAUUAAUGUUUGAUGGGGAAAUGGCGAGUUUGGAGGCCAUUCUAAAAACACAAACUAUCAGAGUGCCCAAACCUGUGAAGGUGUUCGAGUUGGAUACUGGAGGGUGUGUGUUUGUUAUGGAGCAUUUGGACAUGCGUGGUCUAAACAAAUAUUCACAGAUACUUGGAGAGCAGCUGGCUGAUCUUCAUCUUCACAAUAAGAAACAGCUGGAGACAGUGCACAAAGAGCAGCAGACAGUUGGAAAAGGAGCUGGUCAGUCUGAGGGGGCUUAUGUGGAAAAAUUUGGGUUCUCCACCACCACAUGUUGUGGAUACUUACCACAGGAAAAUGAAUGGCAGGAUGACUGGGUGACAUUUUUCACACGGCAGAGGCUUCAGCUUCAGUUAAACCUGCUGGAGGAAACUAAUGGAGAUAGAGAAGCCAGAGAGCUUUGGACACAGCUUCAGCUGAAGAUCCCACAGUUUUUCAAGGAGGCGGAGCUUGUCCCUGCUCUUCUCCAUGGUGACUUAUGGGGAGGCAACGUGGCAGAAUCCUGCGAAGGACCAGUGGCAUUUGACCCCGCUUCCUUCUACGGCCAUUCAGAGUUUGAGUUGGCAAUCACUGGGAUGUUUGGAGGGUUUAACAGCUCGUUUUACUCAGCAUACCAUGAUAAAAUUCCGAAGGCACCUGGCUUGGCAAAGAGAAACCAGCUUUACCAACUUUUCCACUACCUGAACCACUGGAACCACUUUGGCGGGAGCUACAGAGGCUCAUCAAUUAGUGCGAUGAAGGGCCUACUGAAAUAACUGCACUCAGUCUUAAUAAACACAAGCCAGGCUUAAGAUACAUGCAUAUAUGCAUAACCAUACAAGGAAAUUGCGCAACAGAACUUUGUAAUUAUCAUUGCAUGAAAUUCCAACAGUGAAAAAAUAACUGUAAAGAGCAAGUCAAUGCAGUUUGUUUUAAUAAUGCUCAGUUUUGCUUAUUCAUUAUCGCGGUUGUGAGUCUGUCUAUGUGUCUAUGGGACAAAAAUGUAUCUCAUUUAGUACAGUAGAAUUCAAAUAAAGCUUUGGGAGGAAAGAUGACCAGUCCAAAAAAUGUAACAAUAAAUAAAUGCUCAGAAUUUGCAGUCGUACAUAACCUAAUGCACUCUUCACCAUUCAGAUCCAGGAAUGAAAAAACAAUACGUAUGA